CAUGGCAGAGCGAAGACAGAAUGAAAUCUGCGAAGCUGCUACAAUUAGCUGGCAUUUAGGACGGUCUGGACGGAAACUGUAUUUGGAAAUGAAAAAAGACUUACGAGAAUUAGUUUCAUCAUCAAAUGUUGUAUUGUCUGAUGUCAAGAAAUGUGUUCAACCACACCUCAAGAGUUCUGGGUGGGGCAUAAAAGUGCAAAAUGCUGUUUAUCAACAGAUGAAAAGGCGUAUAGAAGUUGAAAAUUCAAAUCCUGAAAGUUGCAAAGAACCACUUGCAUUUUUUCAAAAAGCCCAGGCAUCAUGGGAGAAGAAGGUCCUUAAAAGCAUUAACAGCAUGUGUACUGAAUUGUCCCUCCCAUUAGCAAGAAAGAGAUCGACGACUGAACAAGCUGCCGUAUCAUCGAAGUUUAGCACACUUGGUUCCGAGUGUGAUAUGGCAGAACUUAAUAAAAUCAGGCCGGUAUAUUCUACAUUGGAUUUUAUGGAGGCUGUUGUCAAUGUAAAGAAUCCAAACUAUUCCCCUCUAAGGAAGCUCCCAAGCUCAGUGAAAGGAUGGGGGCAAAUAAAAAUACACCUUAAAGUGAAGACUGUUUCAGAAUUGCGUUCUUUCUUCAAGGAGACGGAACAUUGUGGUAGUCAGUGUGGUUCCUUUGACGCUGAAGGAAAUUCUAAAGACAUGGACGAUAACGAGUGGUACAAAUUAGGAAAACGAGUAAUUGAAAAGGGAAGUUGUCCGGCAGCACAGCAGUAUGCCAAGUCUGGAUGCCCGAGUGGACUAAGACGACAUAUUUGGUGUUUAAUACUUGAUGUCGGAGACAAUGAAGAGAACAAGAUCUAUUUUGAACAACUCAAGUCGUACGUUUGUACGUAUGAUUUGUUAGUAGACACUUUGAUUAAAAAGGACGUGAAGUCAACAGCUACAAAUGAUGAUCAAUAUUUCGUUUUCGAAGAUCUCCUUUAUCAAGUGUUAUUGGCCUUUACACGUGAUACAGCCGUAUUGAAACAUUUUGAUCAAACGUCGGCAUCGCCACCUAGAUCGUACAUAAGAGGGAAACUUGGUGUCUAUGAAUAUGCAGUAUUUUACCCACCUAAUGGUAUUAUUCCAUUCCAUGGCUUUGCGAUGUAUGCUGCCCCGUUAUGUUACAUUUAUGAAAAUCCAUCUCGUCUCUAUCACGUUUUCAGAGAAUUGUAUACGAGAUACUUUUCCCGUCUUCAUUCUAUUUCAUCUCACCCGCAGGGAAUAGUGUCAUUGUGCUUACUUUUCGAGACACUCUUACAGUCUCAAGAACCGGGUUUAUUUUACCAUCUACGACAGAUUGGCAUGCAUCCUCUAAAAACAGCGUUUAACUGGAUGUUUUAUGCAUUCUCUGGAUACCUCGAAAGCGAACAGGUACUAAUUCUGUGGGAUAGAGUGCUUGGAUACGACUCUUUGGAAAUACUUGCAGUACUAGCUCACUCGAUAAUCGCAUUUCGAGGGAAAAAUUUGCUUGGUGUGACAUCUGUGCAAGGUGCUGAGGCCGUCUUAAAUGAUAUAACUGACAUAAAAGUUGUACCCCUACUGCAAAGAAGUUUAUUCUUAGAAUAGCGUUUAAAUUGCAACAAAAUCUAAGUAGCCAUAGCAGUCCUUCGUAUAUUGUAUAUUAAACUUGUAUAUAGA